AUGGACAAGCUGCAACUAUCACAGGACGGUGCGCAACGGCUGGCAAGGGCGGGCCUCCACGACAGCAUCGUCGGCUGCCUCGUCGGCUCCGCGCUGGGCGACGCCAUCGGUCUCUACACCGAGUUUCUAUCCGGCGAAAUGUCAACAACGGCGUAUCCGUCGCGCAAGUUCAUCCUGUCUCCCGCGUCGCAGGCGACGCCCUUCCGCAGGGACUCGCACCGAGGGCCGCACCAGCCGGGCGACUGGACCGAUGACACCGACCACACGAUGCUGCUCCUGCUCUCGUGCUUGCACGGCGACCUCAAGGCGCUGGACCCCAAGGACCUUGCUGCAAGGCUGCACACGUGGGUGCAAUUUGGCUUUCUCCCGCUCGACACGCUUCCGCUGGGCCUGGGACGCACGGUGGGCGCCAUCGUGAGGACAAAGACGUAUCUCGACGACCCAGAGGGUACUGCGCGGCGGCACUGGGUCACGACCAAGUAUAAUGCGGCACCGAACGGCAGUCUGAUGCGGACGCAUCCGUUGGGGCUGGUGUGUCUGGAUAAGAGCGUCGAGGAGACAUUUGAGCUUGCCGCCGCAUUCUCAGGCGUGACGCACGUCGAUCCUCGCUGCGUCGUCUCUUGUGCUAUUGGCACCGCCCUCGUGCGUGGCCUGGUAUUGCAGGAGGUGCGUUCCGAGGCAGACAUUGACAGCAUGGUUGACACGGCCAUCAAUUGGUACGCUAGGUAUCAGGAGCGGGCGCUGCAGAGCGACCCAGAAAGGCACGACGAGCCGAGUCUCGACACUGCGGAGCUGAAAAGGCACAUCAAGGUUGCAUACCUCGAGGACUUGGAGCUGGACGACAGCUGCAAGAUGGGCUACGUCUACAAGACGCUCGGCUCGGGCCUGCAUCUCCUCCGCCUCGCCAUGCGCGGCACCUCGAACGGUACGCUCACGUCCCGCGCGUCGACGUUUGAGCCGCUCAUCACGGACCUCAUCAUGCUCGGCGGCGACGCCGACACAAACGCCUGCUUCGCCGGCGCGCUGCUUGGCGCAUACCUGGGCUAUGCGAACCUCCCCGCCCACUGGCGCGAGGGGCUGCGGCACGGCGCGUGGUUGAUGGGCAAAGCGGAGGGCCUGUGCCAGAUGCUAGGCGUCGCCGACGGCGGUUAUGUCGGAUCGGCGGACAAGGAGACGGCGCGGGACGGCGGGCGAGGCGGCAUGCCGUCCGAGGCAGACAUGGAGAGGAAAGUGAUGGUGCUACAGGCGUGGAUGGCGGAGCAGGAGCAAGAGGCGAAGAGGAGGGUUACCAAGACGGAGGACAAGAAGUGGUACAAGUGGAAGAAAUGA